AUGGCGAGCAACUCCUCCCCGGCUGCCAGCAUUAGCAUCCCUGCCGACGCAGUAUGGAAAAGACCUCCCCCUUAUUCGCCUUGCAUUCACGCUGCCAACAACCUCGACCCGAUUGCCCUCUUGGAGAUGGAACCCGAAAAACACCACCGCGGAAUGCGAACCGCCGUUCGCGUGCGUGAUCCCCCAACUUGGAUUGGGCUUGAGGCGUUGAUGACAGCUGUUGAGGACGAGGAAGGCACACUGUCGUUUCUGCAGCUAUUCCACCAGCCAAGGGCGAAACUUGUGCCUCGGGAGCAAACCCUUCGACCUGGUGGUUGCUACCUGAUCAAGGAGCCUUUCCUCACAUUUUCCAUCGACGGCGCCUACUACAGCCUGCGAGUGGACCAUCCCAGUGAUAUAUUGUGGCUUCGUCAUGGCCAUGAGCUUCUUCCUGCAAAAUGGAGAAAUGACAAUGCCGUGGUCGGAACAAGUCGUGACGCGAGAAUGAAUGGCAACAUUGCCGUCGGUGAGAAGAGAUGGGCAGCGGCAGAGACUCGCUACACUACUGCCGCUCGAACAGCUGAAACGGCUGAAGAACUGCAUUUGGCUUACCUCAAUCGCUCUUUGGCCAAUCUCCGACUGGGACGCCCAGCUACUGCCCUGGCAGAUGCCAUCAAGUCGUACGGGGAAGACAGCUCGGCACGUACCGAGAGAGGACUUCUCCGCGAGGCCAGCGCUCUUUAUGAACUCGCAAAAUACGGCCAGUGUCUGGACACACUGCAGACACUUAUAACUUCUCAUUCCGAAAGGGCUUCAGCAAUGCCAAUGAUCGAACGUGCCCGCGCAAGGCUCCAAGAGCGACAAUCAGGCCAGUACGAUUUCCGCCGCAUGUACGAGGAAGCCCAAAAGACACCUCCCCUGAUCGAGUGUGCCACUUACAUCGGGGCUGUGGAAAUCAGAGAUUCACCAGGAAAGGGACGUGGGGUGUUCACCACGAGAAAGGUCCUGGCUGGCGAACUCCUCAUCUGUGAGAAGGCGUUUGGGUACGCCUGUUGUAAUGAGGAUUUUCCCGUUGACGAAGACAUGACGGAGCUCGAGAGUAGUAAGAAAUAUCUGCGCACGCAAAUUGUGCAAAAGCUGUUGCACAACAUUGAAGACGCUCGAUCUUUUGUCGACCUGUAUCAUGGAGACUACGAUGCCGUCUCCGUGUACGGGGUUGACGGGCGUGCUGUGGUUGACUCGUUUCUGGUUCGGAAGGUCAUUGACCUCGCGGGCUCCGGGGCCCCAAGGACUUCCCUGUCCUCCAAACGAGACCUCUCCUCAAAGAAUUGGGAUUGGCAAUACAACAGCGCCGGUGUUUGCUGGGACUUUACCUGCGACUGUGCUUUGUGUCUCGACCGAAAGGUGACGUCAAAGGACGUGCUGAUGCGGCGGAGGUCACUGCAGGAAAGCCUCACACGGUUCAUGGAGAGCCAAAGUUGGGAAAUGAACAUCCCCAACGCCAAAACGAUGCUUGAAGGGCUCGAACAAUCAUAUUCCACCACGGCCAAGAUCCCCGGUGCAGUCAGACCGGAGCUCUGGGUCCACUACUUCACCCUUGGUAUGAGGCUUCUCAGAAUCAAAAGGCCCUCUGAGGCCAUUGAGGUGACUGUGAAAGGCCUCGAGGCACUAGGGUUUGUCAUCUCCGCAAGCCCGCCUAGAGAACGUCCAGAGUCAUCCGAGCCUGAGCUCCUGAUCAAGCAGUGGGGCAUGGCGGUUCCGUACUCUGCCGAUGCCUUUAUUAUUCUUAAGAGGGCGUACAAGAGAAUCGCUCCACAGCUUUCGGUCGCGGCGAGGAUGUACGCGGCGAUUGCGUAUACCAUGGUCAUGGGCGAGAAGGAAACGAUCGUGGACUCAUUCCCAGACAUGGCAUGA